CUGUGUACCACCUUUAUGGUACAUGUACCAUCCAGGAUUGGCAGAUAUGUCACUUGUUUCGACGAAUCAGAGGCAGCGGAUGGUGGUCAGUUACUUUGCACACAAGUUGCCGUUAUCAGAUCAUGGAGGUGAGAAAUGCUGCAGCAGGGCGGACGGCAGCGUGGGGCAACAACGACGUCAGACCGAAGCUUAAGAGUCUCCGAGGGCGGGUACUGCGUGUGUUAUUAUUGUGGUUCAUCUGCGGCGUGUGGGUGUUCGGCAUCGCGGGGUUCAUUGUGCUCUGGUGGUUGUCGAUAUGGAGCAUUGCACGAUGGGUUAUGACACAAGCAGAGACACCGAUUCCUCGAUACGUGCAGCUCUAUCUAAGCUUCUUAGCGGUGUACGAGGGAUACUAUUACGCUACGAGACCGUCGCGUCACCAAUGGCCGUGGAUGCGGCGGCUGAUGCGCCGCAUGUUCACUAAUUACCCGUAUUUCCGUUUAAACGUGACCGUAUUCGAAGAGCGAGUGGAAUCUGCUGCUUGUAAAGCAGUGGAGAAUUAUGAGGUGACACCCAUUGCUCCUCCAAAUGACCACGCGCUGUUUGCCUUCCAUCCACACGGUGUACUCUCGUGCGGUUGGUCGUUCGGAGGCGUACACCACAUGAGCUUCGAGCAAGCUGACUGUCGCUGGCUGGUAGCGGGGAGUUUGUUCUACUUCCCUAUCAUGCGCGAGCUGGUCAACUGGAUGGAUUUCACCAGCGCUGCCAAGGGCUCAUGUAAGAAGGUGCUUCGAAGUGGACAGAAUGUGUGUUUAAUGCCAGGUGGGUUCGAGGAGGCUACACUGUAUGAACGAGGUAAACAUCGUGUGUACAUCAAGCAGCGCUAUGGUUUUAUCAAACUUGCGCUGCAGUAUGGAUACAAGGUGCAUCCAGUCUACACUUUUGGUGAAGAGUACGCCUACCAUAUCUUUCCGUAUUUGGUGAAAUUCCGCCUUAAAUUGAACGAGUUCAAAAUGCCUGGUGUGCUCUUCUUCGGCCGUCCAGAGUGCUUCUAUCUACCACGAACGGACGUCGAUCUCAUUACCGUAGUUGGUAAACCGUUAAUACUUCCACGAAUCGAACAUCCAACCAAGAAAGUCAUAAGGGAGUACCAUGGGAAGUAUGUGACCGCAUUACAAGAGCUAUUUGAUCGGUACAAGGGCGUGUAUGCAGUCGACCCAGAAGCUACUCUCGAAAUUUACUAGACAGGAAUGCACUUAUCUCUUGAACAAUGAUUAACGAAAAGUAUAGUACUCAAGGUCAUUCUCAGUCUCGAGUACUUAUAACUAAGAUUGAGGGGCUGUUCAAAGG